AUGGAAUUUCUCAAGUCGGCCGUGGCCUCGGCCAUCUCCCAAGGCCCUCCUUUCCCCUACACCUUUGGCGACAAGGUCGAUGUCGACGAGUCCAUCUGGACGCUCUACAAUGGAACGAGGCGGGAGGACGGAUCAAACUGCAGCAUCUUUGCCUUCGACAGCGCCGCAAAGAGGAGCCUGCUGCCGCUCGCGAAGAACGCGCUGCGAAAGCUGCGGACGCUGCGACACCCCGGCGUCAUCAAGGUUCUGGAUACGGUCGAGACAGACACAUACAUCUACAUCGCUACCGAGCGCGUGACGCCUCUCCGGUGGCACGUUCGAAGGAAGAGCCUGAGUCCCGAGACCAUCAAAUGGGGUCUGCAUACUGUCGCUGUAGGGACACUUGCUGAUAUGCUCCAGCAAACACUGAAAUUCAUCAAUGACGAUGCCACCUCAAAACAUGGCAGCCUCAGAGUCGGUUCCAUAUACACUACGGAAAGCGGAGAGUGGAAACUGGGGGGCUUCGAGGUCCUGAGCAACGUCAAGGACAGCGAGUCUGCUCUGGAUAGCUACGGAAGCCUGGUUCCCGACUCUGGUCGGUAUGCGCCGCCAGAGGUGGCUCAAGGGGGAUGGGCGGCAACCAAAGCGCAUCCUACGUACGCCGUGGAUUCGUACAAUUUCGGAACGCUCAUCUACGAAGUCUUUAAUGGCGAGUUCCACGGGCCGGAUCAGGCUGGUCAAACCAAAAACAUACCCCCGAGCAUGCAGACUAGUUACAAACGCCUCUGCAACCCCAACCCCAAGGCCCGGAUAAGCGCUGGCAACUUUCUCGACCUCGGACGCCGAGCAGGCUCCUUUUUUGAUACCCCCUUGAUCCAUCUGACGGAAGGAAUAGAGAGUCUUGGAGUCAAGAACCCCGAUGAGCGGGAAGAGUUCCUCAAGCAAAAAGUCACGGAUGACUUCCCUGAAGAGUUCUUCAAGUCCAAGGUCCUCCCAGAGCUGGUCAAGUCGGUCGAGUAUGGCGGUGGUGGCCCCAAAGCUCUCACCAUUGUGCUGAAGUUGGCUGCCAAGCUGCCUUCGGACGAUUUCGAGUCGAAAAUCACACCCUUCAUUAUUCGAGCCUUUGCAAAUCCCGAUCGGGGCAUUCGCGUUUGCCUUCUGGACAACCUGCCUCUCAUAAUUGACCAAUUGUCGCAAAGAAUUGUCAAUGACAAAAUCUUCCCCCAACUCGUUACGGGAUUCACGGACGUAACGCCUGUUGUUCGAGAGCAGACGUUGAAAUCCGUCCUCGUUGUCAUUGGGAAACUGUCGGAUCGCACCAUCAACGGCGAACUGUUGAAGCAAUUGGCAAAGACUGCGAAUGAUGAACAGCCCGGCAUCCGAACCAACACGACGAUUUGCCUCGGGAAGAUUGCAAAGAACCUUGGCACAUCUUCUAGAUCAAAGGUGCUGAUAGCCGCUUUUACACGCUCCUUGCGGGAUCCCUUUGUGCACGCCCGGAACGCUGCGCUCAUGGCGCUGGGUGCCACGGCUGAAUACUUCAACGAGGAUGACAGUGCCAACCGCAUCCUGCCGGUUAUAUGCCCGGCGCUGAUUGACAAAGAAAAGAUGAUUCGGGAUCAAGCCUCAAAGACAAUGGACAUUUACUUGCAGAAAGUGCGCAAGGCUGCUGCUGCGAUGCCCGAUACUGCCCUGCCUCCGCCCCAGUCGGCCGAUGCUUCCACUGCCCAAGCGGCUACGGUGCAGCCAGGAGCAUCUGGGAGCAGCUGGGCAGGCUGGGCCAUUUCGUCCUUUACGAACAAGCUCACUGCUGUAGCUGGAGAUAUGCAAACUGCGAGCGCCCCAGCCUCAACUCCUGUUUCUCCACCACCCACUGCCGAGGCGAGAAAGCCAGCCUCAGCGACCGCAUCAACUCUUCACCGGCACGCCGUGGCCUCCCCCCCUCCAGCAUCAUCUGGCCUUUCCACGCCUAGCGCUGCCAGCGCCAUUGCUGGGCAAUUCCUCCCUGACGAUGACGAUGCCGGUGAUGCAUGGGGCGAUCUCAAGGACGAUGAUGGUGAUGCAGGUGACGGAUGGGGCAAUGACGACGAUGGCUUUGGGUCGACGUCUGCAUCUGCGGCCUCGAAAGCACCCGCCGCUGCGUCUGCAGCGCCAUUUGGCGAAGACGAGCCCGAUUUUGCAGGAUGGCUAGCGGCGCAGGCGCAGAAAAAGGGGCCAGGCAAGCCCUUACCAAAGGGGCUGUCCAAGACGACGCCCGCCAAGAAGCCUGUAACGAAGACGGCGACGAAGCCUGCGGCAAAAGCAGUGGCGAAACCUGCAGCAAAGAAGAUUGACUUGGCACCCAAAGAGACAGAUGAUGAUGAUGAUGGAUGGGGUGAA